CAGGCGUGCUGUUGCAGCCAUAGUUGACAUGCGUCCAUCGACUGCUCUCCUGCUUCUGAGUCAAACCCUGCUGUCCUUUUCUCUGGACAAAUUCUAUCCCGAACUGAGAAGUGACCUGCAACAGUUUCAAGAUUCUAGCAGGUGUUAUCCAGACAUUGGAGAGUGGUAUCAAAUAUACAGGAAUUACAACUAUGACCCAGAUUUCGGUGGAACUGCGAAAUGUGUAAAAUACAGCCGGUACGGAAAUUACCAGAACUUCACAACGCCAUCAGCAUUCACCUUCGGACAAGGGGUAACUGGUUCCUUGGAGGGUGAGAUUACCUUGACUCCGUCAUCCUGCUACUCGGCCAGAAACUCCCUUAAGUUUGUGCCAUAUAACAACACCGGUGACUUGAUUGAAGAAACGUACCAAGUAAUUUAUACGGACUGUGAGACCUGCUUUGUCUUCCGGAAUGUUUACGCUAAUGGAGGAUACGGCUGCGCUCUGUGGCGUCGCACAUCGACGUUCCGUCAGCCGGCUGACUGCUGCGAGUUCAUUUACGACGAGAACUGCGGUACAUCGCCCAAGUACCAAAUAUACCUGCCGUCCUGCGAUCCAGCGCUUGGGAUGCCGGGUAUCUAGGACCGUGCUCUAUGACAGCAAUACGCGUUGGUUGUGCGUAACCUGUACUGGCUGUGAAGCACGUUACAAUACCUUCUUAUUCUUGCAAUAGUUUGCCUCUGCAGAAGUUAUUGACAAAAUAAAAUAAUUGCGGAUUGCCCUCUGUA